AUGGAAGACCUGAAUUAUCGCUCCUUAGCGAAUAACAGGGCGGCGGUCACCAUCACAACUAGUCUUUAUGACCGGAGGGCGCUCGAUGUCACUUCGGAUAAGCCUCUUGUCAACUCUUUAAACCACCUCACAUACUUAGUCUCGUCGAGUGCCAAAGUUCGAGAGACAUUACUGACUGAUGGUGGGCUCGAGCGUUUGGUGGAAAUCCUUCAUGAAUGUCAUUUAUCUGCGUCCAAUGUUCGUGAUAAUAUUUUUAAUGGCGAGAAAAAGCUUCUCACUGCGUGGAAAUGGACCCUAGCCUUUCAGUGUUUGGUAUUAAUCGGUACAAGAGGAACAGAAAAGAUACGACAGAAAGUUGUCCGUGCUGGCAUGCUUCCUGUAAUUGCUACUGUGCUAGAUAAUUACAUCAAUCUUCACGAAGGAACUUUUUUCGGUGCUGCUGCAUGUGCCCCCCUGGCGCUAGCCCAAUUUUGCGCUAGUGCAGAUGCUUAUCCUGACACUGCUCAUCCACAUCCAACAGCCCCCACCAAUGGAUAUACUCAGGGUCAAAAUUCGGUCGAUACGCAUCCACAAAUUCAACGAGCUCAGCAAAUUCCCUCUUCGAAUCUAUUAAACAACCUCAACGAAGAAGAAAACUCAGAAAAUCUUCCACGCAUACUCAAUCCUUAUUCUUCUCCAACUGCAACGGCAAGAACAAACCAGCCUGGAACUUCAGAGGAACCCCAAAUCUCAGUUCAUGAACCUCUCUCUCUGGGUCCGCCAAAUCCAUUGCGACUAACCUCAAACACCGGUACAAGAAAGAAAUUUGAUGUGGUAUCAUCGACCGUUUUCAACGGAGCCUGCAUAAACACUUUAACUAGCGAUGACUACGAGACACUCUCUGUUGAUCAAUUGUUCAGACUCAUUCGUGAAAGUUUUGGAGUGCUUACAGGGAACAACAAAUCAUGUGGUCCUGUUCGAUCUUCCGUAAAUAAUGAUAUUCGCCGCAGAUGUCUCAUAAUGUGCAUUCUCAAAAAAUUGAGAGAGAAAAAGGCAACCGAGGUGGUACAUCACAGCAAUAUGGAUGAGUCUGAAUACGACAUGGAUACUAAUUUGCAGUUUUUGUCCAAUCUAUAUUUGCAGGAUGAAAAGACAUCCCACAUCACUACUGCCAUUCACUCAAAAAUCGCUCCUCGAAAUUUCACAGAAACUGGAAUUAUUAUUCCGAGAGAUGAUGAUGUUGUCUGGUGUUUACAGCUUUUAGCGUAUAUUUCUAAGUAUCCUUACCUCAAGGAAGUGUUACAGAAUACGCAUCUUGUGCUUGACAUGAGCAUUAGGGACAAUCACUUACAUCUGCAAUCAAAGGAGACUGGGAAUUCAAGAUGCAGCUUCCGAAAUACAACAUCUUCAAGGGAGGCUCUCGUUCCUAGAUCUCGCACAGGACGUUUUCUGACUUCAGGUAUAUCCACCCACUCCACGGCUUCUAACAACCAGGAUACGAGUGUAAGCGAAAAUCUCAUGCCCUCGGCGUCAAAUUCGCUUGAGAUAAGCAAUUUGAACAUACGCAAUGACAUCUCCGAUCUUGGCGAAGACGGUUCAAGUCUUUGUCAUGGAGAUGAACAAUACUCUGAGCCCAGAAAUACCAGAGCUGCUGAUCUUUUUGGACAUGUGUACAACCAGGGACGCAAGUUGAAAUAUGAAUGUGAUGGAGAUGUUGAUGAGAAUGGUUUGAUAGUAGAGGAUGAUGUGCCUGAGCCUGCUCAAAACUCUAGUCGUUUGAAGAAGCUAUUUAAAGCAAUCAUCGAGGUCGAAUCCAUUCCUAAUGAUUUGGACAGAGAACUCGCAUUAUUUCGUCUCAGCGAUAAAGUCAAUGAAUGUAUCGAAGAAGAAUCCAGAAUCUUGAGCACAACAAUAAUUGAAAAGCGACUGGAAGAAAUAAAGUACUUGUCUGAUGUGUGGAAUUAUGAGACUUAUGAUAAAUUUGAUAUUGAUGAUUUGGGAGCGGAGAAGGACUUCGAUGUAUCCUUGAUGGAAUACAAGAGACUCAACUUAUUUCCAACAGUUGAAAAAUUCACUUUUCUUGCGGGCACUGACAUGUACUAUUGGUCCGGCGUGAUCAUGAGAAACUCUUGUCGCAGAAAUGAUUUCAAGGGUGGUGUUCGCCAAUGUGGCAAUCUUGAAUGUGGUAAAUGGGAGCAAACACCCAGGGAAUUUAGCAAAUGUAAGAGGUGCAAGCGAACAAAGUAUUGCUCUCGUGAAUGUCAGAUGCGUGCUUGGCAUUGUCAUAAAAAUUGGUGUGUUCUCAGCAAUUCUUCAACGUCUACAAACAAUGCGGAUUCUGCAAACACAGUGUAUGAGGGACAGCACGAUCGCACCAUAAACAUGGAAACAGCAACAUCGGAUUCUGAGGGAAUUACAUCAAACGCGAAUGAUUUGUCGCAACACGUUUCAGCAUCUGAUCAGGAGACUCAAUAUUCUGAACUAUGA